AUGGACCCCUUUGUUAAAGAUGGUGUCAUUCACGUAGGAGGUCGUCUUGAAAGAGCUGAAAUUUCGUAUGAUGCAAAACACCCCGUGGUGUUGCCUAGGGAAUCUGUCGUAUCGAGACUCGUUGUGGAUGAUGCCCACAGAUCAUGUGGUCACUUAGGAAAAAACACUGUUCUUGCAUUCAUUCGAGAAAACUAUUGGAUUGUUGGUGCUCGCACUCUGGUGAAAUCUAUUCUUUCCAAAUGUGUGACUUGUAGGAAAUACAGAGCUCCAUGUGUUGAGCAAAAGAUGGCAAACUUACCCGCAGAGCGACUCGCAGCUGAUCAGCCUCCUUUCAGCAGAACUGGGAUGGACUUCUUCGGACCCUUUGAACUGAAACGUGGAAGGAGUGUGGUAAAGCGAUAUGGGGUAUUGUUUACCUGUCUUGUGACUCGUGCGGUCCAUUUAGAAGUUGCUGCGUCGCUCGAUACAGAUUCUUGCAUCAACUCCAUUCGACGAUUUAUCGCUCGCAGAGGAAAACCUGUAUUUAUUAGAUCGGAUAACGGAACCAACCUUGUCGGUGCUCAACGAGAAAUGAAGGAAAAUAUUCAGAAAUGGAACACAGACAAAAUUCGUGAUAACAUGUUGCAGAGUAGCAUUCAGUGGGAAUUCAAUCCUCCCUCUGGUUCUCACUUCGGCGGAGUCUGGGAAAGACUCAUUAGGUCUGUGAGACAGGUGUUGUACUCUGUUAUGCAUGAGCAGAAUGCGAAACUGGAUGACGAAGGACUUCAGACACUCUUUUGUGAGGUAGAGGCUAUCUUAAAUGGACGCCCGUUAACUGAAGCAUCGGAUAACGUAACUGACCUACGGGUUUUGACCCCAAACCAUCUGCUAUUGCUUCAGCCUGGAGAGUAUUUCCCACCUGGAACAUUCGUCGCCACGGAUAACUAUGCCAGAAGGAGGUGGAGACAGAUACAGUACCUUUCAGAUAUUUUCUGGAAUAGGUGGACCAAGGAAUACUUACCGCUUCUGCAAGGACGCCAGAAAUGGAUGAAGAAACGACGCAAUAUGCAGACUGGAGAUCUUGUGCUGAUCGCUGAUAGUACACCUAGGCAUGCGUGGAUAACCGGUAGGAUUCAGGAAGUUGUGAAAGACAAACAUGACUUAGUGCGAUUCGUGAAAGUUAAGAUCCCUUCCAAUGUGUUAACGCGUCCAGUAACAAAACUUGUGCUCUUGCUCGAGUCAGACAUUGAGUAA